UCCUAGAGGGAAGCCAAACGGGAGCUAACUAGGUUUGGCUCCGGCACAGAACGAAGCAGCAGUCCCUUGCGAACCGAAGAGCCAAGAGUGGAUGGAGGAGGCUCAGUCCUGAGAUCGGCGCCAGCCCAGCCGGUCUGGCGCGGGGCCUACAGGGAGGGCAGGCAGGUGUACCAGAUCUGCCCGGGGCCUUCCCCGGCGAAGGGCUUAGGCUCUGGCCUGCCAACAAAGCCUGGUUCGGCCCCGCGGAACCAGAACCCAAUCCAGUCAGGAGCCUUCACCAGGGUCAUAGGCCAGUGACUAAGCCAAGCCUGGGCCUCCCAUCGGGGCCGGACUAGAACUAGGCCCCGGGGAGGCCCCUAGUCCACCAGACCCUUUCUUCAAGCCAACACUCGCUGGGAAGAUGCAACGCGCCCUGCCAGGUGCCCGCCAGCACUUGGGAGCCAUUCUGGCCAGUGCUAGUGUGGUAGUGAAGGCGCUGUGCGCAGCUGUACUUUUCCUAUACCUGCUCUCCUUCGCGGUAGACACGGGAUGCCUGGCGGUUACCCCAGGCUAUCUCUUUCCGCCCAACUUCUGGAUCUGGACUCUGGCCACCCAUGGGCUGAUGGAACAGCACGUAUGGGACGUAGCCAUCAGCCUGGCCACAGUGGUGGUAGCGGGGCGUUUGCUGGAGCCCCUCUGGGGGGCCUUGGAGCUGCUCAUCUUCUUCUUAGUGGUGAAUGUGUCUGUGGGGCUGCUGGGGGCCUUUGCCUACCUCCUCACCUACAUGGCUUCCUUCAACUUGGUGUACCUAUUCACUGUCCGUAUCCAUGGAGCCUUGGGCUUCCUAGGUGGUGUCCUGGUGGCACUUAAGCAAACUAUGGGGGACUGUGUGGUCCUGCGAGUGCCCCAGGUGCGCGUCAGUGUAGUGCCCAUGCUGCUGUUGGCACUGUUGCUGUUGCUGCGCCUUGCCACACUGCUCCAGAGCCCAGCAUUGGCUUCAUAUGGCUUCGGGCUGCUCUCCAGUUGGGUGUAUCUUCGCUUCUACCAGCGCCAUAGCCGGGGCCGAGGGGACAUGGCUGACCACUUUGCUUUCGCCACUUUUUUCCCUGAGAUCCUGCAACCUGUGGUCGGGCUGUUGGCAAACUUGGUUCAUGGCCUCCUGGUGAAGGUAAAGAUAUGCCAGAAGACAGUGAAGCGCUAUGAUGUGGGUGCCCCAUCCUCCAUCACCAUCAGCCUCCCAGGCACAGACCCCCAAGAUGCAGAGCGGAGAAGGCAAUUGGCCUUGAAGGCCCUCAAUGAGCGACUGAAAAGAGUGGAGGACCAGUCUGUCUGGCCCAGCAUGGAUGAUGAUGAAGAGGAGGCUGGGGCAAAGGUGGACAACACCUUGGCCUCAGACAAAGCUCCUGCACCCCCAGGGAAGGGGUCUGCACCAGAAUCCAGUCUAAUCACCUUUGAGGCAGCUACCCCAAAGCUGUAACUCCAGACCACCUUGAGUGUAGCACCUCCUCUCCCAAGCACCUUCUGAUACCCUGGAAGGCUACACAAGAUACUCCAGGGCACCGGCCACUCUGAGGAGAGAGAAGAAGGCCUGCUGGGGGUUUCCAUGGCCUUCUGCUGUUUCUCACCAACACUACCCAGGAUGUUCUUACCUGGUUUCAACUCCAGACAACCACUAUGCCAGACAUGGGGUCCCUGAGGGCAUCAGCCAGUCCAGGCCCCAUCUGAGGUAGACUGUACCUCAUCAGACAGCCCAAAGCAAAUGGCUGAAAGGACACUGGUGCCACAGCUCCUGGGACAGCCCUUACAUCUGAAACUGGUUGCUGAGGCCCUGAGCCAAGGCAAAGAUUUGCCAAAUAUGUUCUGGGGGCCCAGCUAGUGCAAGGCUAUACAUCCCAGCCAAUCCCCAGAAAGACUGUUCAUGUUGGGAUUUCUUGUUUCCCUCUGCUAUGGCUGUGACGGCAUCCGGAUCAGUACAGCCACAGUUCCCAGGUAUUUUCUACAGGACCAUUUAAACAGGCAGCCAAGCCCAGCGUUGCAGUAUCAAUAAAGCAGUUCUUUGAGGUAUGAC